AUGAACAAAUUAUUGGCUCCGCUCGCGCUCUUAUGUGUGUGGACAACUACAGAAGCAGUUACAGAUGGCGAGAUGGAACUGCUUCUCGUUCAGGCAAUGUGGCGCCACGGAGAUCGUUCGCCAACAAAAACUUUCAAGACCGAUCCCUUUCAAGAAGCAAAUUGGACGUUUGGUGGAGGAGGUUUCGGACAACUCUCACCGCGCGGAAUGAAGCAACAUCUGGAUCUUGGAAGAUUAAUACGGAAGACAUACAUUGACGAAAUGAAAUUUAUCAGCAAAAGAUAUUCUUCAAAAGAGGUUAGUAAAUAUAUUUUUCACAAGUGA